AUGCCUACACAGCCGUUCUCCAGCUCCAUGUUUGAGUACCUCGUCCAGGCGGGCCAACAGCAACGCGAGUCUUCGCUUCGGGUGACCUACAGCUUCAUGGCCAUACUUGAGGAAGUGGCGAACGCGACCGUCCUUGUCCUGGGCUGGGCAGGCGAAGGGUUCUGA